CGUACGAUGACGGGGAUGUGCAUGCAGCAGUAGCUGUGGCAGAUUAUGUUCGCAGUCCUUUCAUGGAGCGCCCGGCGCCAAGGCGAGUCCCAGGACGACAACUUCGAUCCAGGCUUUGAUCCUGGGUCUGGCCCUGUGGGCAAGGACCUGCCCGCCGCGCCGCCCGCCGCCGCGGGCUGGGCCGCUUUCGCCCCCGCGGCCCAGCCGCCCGCCUUCCAGGCCGACUUCGGCGGGCCUGCCGUGCCCCCGGCCGAUUUUCAGGCCGACUUCGGCGGCGCCGCGGCGCCCGCGGCGCCGCCGGACGCCGGCUUCGUGGCCGACUUCGGCGGCUGGCCGGGCGAAGGCGCGGCGGGCGGCCCGCCGGCGAAGGCCGCCUUCGAGGCCGACUUCGGUGCAGCGCCCAUGCCUGCGCUUGCGGCGCACGACAACGGCUUCGAGAUCACCAAGCUGACACCGGCCGCCAGGGCCGCCCGCGGGAUGCAGGGCGCCGACCGGCCCUGCGGCGGCCGUCCGCCUGCCGAGCCCGCCGAGCCCGCGGGGGGCGUCUGCUGGAGCCCGGCGGACCGCGACGAGUCGUUCGUGUUCCUGGGCUGGCCGCUGGUGAAGGGCCGGCGUGCCGACGCGUCCACGGGCUGGAGCGGUUGCCGGGCCUCGAGGGGCAUCGCCCAGGGCCGCGGCGCUUUCGCGGUCCGCAACGAGAGCGGCGGCAACAUGCGGGUGGGCUGGUCGCUGGGCGGUGCCACGCUGGAGCUCGGCAUGGACGACAGGUCGUUCGGCUACGGCGGCACCGCGACGAAGUCCCACGCCGGCAAGUACGGCAAGUACGGCCAGACGUACGGCAAGGGGGACAUCGUCGUGGCGCUGAUCGACCUGGAGAGGCACGCGCUCGGCUUCAUGAAGAACGGGCACGCCAUUCCCGGUGACGCCUGGGCGAUCCCGAGGCAUUUGUGGGGAGAGCCCUUCUUCCCCCACGUGCUCGUCAAGGAGGCGACGGUCCUGGCGUACUUCGGGGGGCCGGGCUGCCCCUUCCCGCCGCAGCGCCUCCCAGCCGGCUUCUCCUGGCUCUCCGCCCUGCCCCUGACGCCCUCCCGCUUGCCGUGCGACCUCGCCGCGGUGCGGGUGGAGGCAGCCGACGCGGUGGCGGAGGUGGACGUCUCCCAGCUGGAGCAGGGGGCGCACCGCCAUCAGUUCGAGGACUGGAAGGUGAAGGUGAACGCCUACACCGGCCACUUCCGGCCGCUCCUCGCGUGCGAGUACGAGGCCGAGAAGGAGGCGGUGCGCCAGCGGGUGCGGCGCGGCACGCGGCAGCUGGAGAGCACCGGGCACGGCUGCGCCGGCCUGCGGGCAGCUCUGACCGACGGCCGCGUGGCGCUGACGCGCCCGGGCGGCAUCCCGCGGCUGCCGGAGCUCGGCGUCGGGCGCUCGGUUCUCAUCACGGAGGAAGAAGGCGCCGUGGACCUGGACAACCCCAGCGUCUCCAUCGGAGGAGAGAUCGACCGCAUCACGGACGGGGCCAUCGUGGUGUCCACAACCUACGACCGCCUCCCCGAGGGGCGGCUCUUCCGAGUGGACCUGGGCCCCAACAUGUCCACAUACGAGCGCAUCGACCGCGUACUGGACAUGCUGCAGAGCUGCGAGAAGCCGUCGAAGAAGGUGAAGAGCAGGAUGGGCAUCGUGUCGCCCGGCACGCCACUCGCGGAUGCCGUCUUCGCCGACGUCGCCGAGACGUCGAUGGCGGCGCUGCGGUGGGACCCCUCCACGCGCCCGAAGGCCAGCACGAGCUCGGACGUUUCCUCGGCCGCGCGGCAGGCGCACGCGGCCGCGCCGCCGCGGCCCCCGGCCGAGGCGCCGCCCGAGCCGCGUCAGCUGAACCCGUCGCAGCAGCGGGCGGUGGACAUCGUGCUGGAGGAGCAGCGCCGCCUGAGCCUCCUGCAGGGCCCCCCGGGCACGGGCAAGACGACCACCGCGGUGGAGGUGGUGGUGAGCUGGCUGAGGGCGCACCGUGGCCCCGUCCUGGCCACGGCGUUCUCGAACAAGGGCGUGGACAACCUGGCCCAGGGGCUGCACAGACGCGGCGUCACCGUGCUCCGGGUGGGCGCCUGCGACCCAGACCUGCCGUACUCGAUGGAGUCGCAUUUGGAGUAUUACGGCCACGCGGGCAAGGGAAAAGGCAAGGGCGCCGCCAAGGGCGGCCAGAGCGACGUGAUCCGCAAGGCGGACGUCGUCUGUGCAACCGUGAUCGGCUCCGGCAUGGGCCUGCUCCGUUCCUCCGACUUCCGCUUCGUCAUGGUGGACGAGGCCGCCCAGAUCAUCGAGCCGGCGAGCCUGAUCCCGCUGUCCAAAGGCUCGGUUCAGGUGGUGAUGGUCGGAGACCAGUGCCAGCUCCCCGCCACCGUGCUCAGCCACGAGGCCCAGCAGGGCGGGCUGGACGUGAGCCAGUUCGACCGGCUUAUCUCGAUGGGCAUGGAGAUCCACAUGCUGAGCAUCCAGUACAGGAUGCAUCCUGCCAUAGCGGAGUUCCCCAGCCAGCGGUUCUACGAGGGGAGGCUGGAGGCGGGCGUGCGCCCGCAGGACCGCCCCUGCCCGACGCCCCACGGCCUCCAGCUCGGCCCGGUGGUCGUGGUGCACGUGGGCGCGGCCGAGAGCUCGCAGGGCAUGUCGAAGUCCAACGCGGGAGAGGCCAGCUGCGUCGAGUUCCUGCUCCGCGCCCUGCGGCCCACCUGCCCGCUGGACGACGUGGGCGUGAUCACGCCGUACAGCGCCCAGGUCUCCCUGGUGCGCCGGGAGCUCGGGCGGGGCCUCGGGCACGACGCGGAGCUGGUGCAGGUCUCCUCGGUGGACGCCUUCCAGGGCUCGGAGAAGGAGGCCAUCAUCCUCUCCAUGGUGCGCUCCAACCCCCGUGGAGACAUCGGCUUCGUGGGCGACUGGAGGCGCCUCAACGUCGCCGCGACGCGCGCGAAGCGGCUGCUGGUGGUCGUCUGCAAUGUCGCGACCCUGGGCCGCCACGCGCUCUGGCGCGACUUCCUCGGCUACGGCGCCGGGAUCUGCGCCCUCGAGUGGGACGGCCGAGGCCUGGCGCCGCUGUCCGCCGGGGAGCCCUGGCAGGCCCUGGCUGGGGCCCGGGGCGCCCAGCGGCCCGGGCCGCUGCCGCUGCGCGGCGACUGCCCCACGGAGGGCGGCGGCGCCCCCGGCGGUGACCUCUCCUGGGACUCGGCGGCGCCGGUGGCCGAGGAGCCCAGCGGCGACGAGUGGGACGCGGGGCCGCCGGACGCAGAUGCAGAUGGGUGGGGCGACGCGCCAGUGGCCGCCUGCGAAGGCGGCCAGCCGGACUGGUGGGACCCCCAGCGCGACGGGGAUGUCCAGUUGUGUCGCCUCGCUGUGGGCGAUGACGGUGCGCUGGUGGACCUGGAGACUACGCGGUGGGGCAUGCGGGUGGAGGGCAUCGACCCGCGCUCCCGCAACCGCUUCGAGGUGGGCAGCACCAUCGUGGGCAUCGCGGGAGUGGCGCUGGAGCAGGAGGAUGGCUCAGACGAUGCCCUCCUCCAGGUGGAGGACGCGUUCCGCCGGAAUUUCUGGGACGGGGCCGAGGUGCUGCUCGCGGCUCAGGAGGAGCGCCUGGUCCCCCCGGGCGCCGCCGCACGCCGCGCCCUCGAGCUCUGCGGCGCGCUGGGCGUGGCGGCGGAGCCCUGCCCGCAGGGCGUCCUCGUCUACGGGCCUCGCCGAGCGCUCGACGCGCUGGAGGACCACCUGGGGGCCCGCGCGUGAGAGCGGCGGAGAGGCCGACCGCUCCGUCCGCCGCUGGGCCCGGCGCCGGGGCCGAGGGCCAGACGUC